CAUCGGUCCGUGGGCGUCAUCAUGGUGUGUGGGUUGAAGCGUUUUUGAGAGACAAGUUUGUUUUUAAUCGAUAGAACGUGGGCAUUUUUAUUAUUACGGUGAUGCUUUUACGAAGAGUGCUGUCGUUGUUCUACGUAUCGCUAUGGAAAAAACCAUUGAUAUGCAAUGUACAGUUACGAAAUAAAUUUUAAGCGGAACGAUACGACGAUACAUACGAUGUCGAAUUCGGAACAAGUUUUUCUCAUACAUCGACUUGUGUGGAAAUACAAAUGGACGGUUGUUAUGUUAUCGGUGAUACUUGUAACUUCAUCGAAUUUUACAAACGCCGACAGGAUAUCGUAUGAUAGUACGAAGGAUAAUGAAUGUCCCGUUGAGUGUGCAUGCCUUGGGAAUGUGGUGGACUGCAGUAGCUUACAAUUGAUCGGAGCACCCAGCGGAUUACCACCAUGGACAGAGAUCUUAGAGUUAAAGGAGAACAAUAUUGCUAGCUUGGAGCCAGAUGUAUUGUUACAUUUAACUAAAUUAAAGGAAUUAGACCUUAGCGCCAAUAAAUUUGGAGACAACUUUUCGAUCACCUUACCAGUGGCUGCACAUUUGCAAGGGCUUAAAGUAAAUAAAAAUCAAUUAACAGAAGUGCCAGACAUGUCUUUUGUCAAAGACAUAACGCAUCUUGCAUUAGCUCAUAAUUCGAUUAGCGACAUAAAUGGAACCGCGUUACUCACCUUGCAACGACUUCAAAAUUUGGAUAUUAGUGGAAAUAAAAUAAGCAUCGUUCGAAACGGAUCCUUUCUUGCACCCAAUUGUCUUACACAUUUAAAUUUAAACAUGAAUCAAAUAAGGAUAAUUGAAAAUGGAAGUUUGGAUAACUUAACUUCAUUGGAGGAACUACGUUUAAAUAAAAAUCACUUGACCCAAUUGAAAGAUCUUUUUACGAAUUUAAAGAAAUUACGUAUAUUAGAAUUAAAUAGAAAUGAAUUAAAGACUAUUCAGGGACUUAGCCUUAAGGGUUUAACAAAUCUAAAAGAGUUACGCUUAAAGAGAAAUAAGAUUGAAACGUUAGACGAUGGCGCGUUUUGGCCUCUCGAAAAUUUAACAACAUUACAACUUGACUUUAACAUGUUAACCAUGGUGAGAAAAGGUGGUUUGUUUGGACUAGAACAUUUGCAAAAACUAACGUUAUCGCACAAUCGAAUAAACACCAUUGAAGUGCAAGCAUGGGAUAGGUGCAAAGAAAUCGUGGAGCUGGAUCUAUCACAUAAUGAAAUAUCAAUCAUUAAACGAAACACUUUUGAAUUUUUGGAAAAAUUGGAGAAACUUAAAUUGGACCAUAAUCAAAUCACUUACAUUUUUGAUGGUGCAUUUGGGUCAACUCCUAGUCUGCAGAUAUUAGAACUCAACUUCAAUAAAAUUUCAUAUUUGGUGGAAGAUAUUAAUGGCGCUUUCGAUCCACUUGGACAGUUAUGGAAAUUAGGAUUGGCGCAUAACAGGAUAAAAUCGGUACACAAAAAUGCGUUUACAGGAUUAAGUAGUGUUACCGAGUUGGAUUUAAGUGGGAACGAUAUAACGAGUAUUCAAGAAAAUGCAUUCGUUUCAAUGACUAGUCUAACUAAACUGAGGAUGAAUUCGAGAGCUUUGGUUUGUGACUGUGGCUUACAAUGGUUAAGUAUGUGGUUACAUGAACAUAGGUACAGCGAUGCGGAAGUUUAUUGCGGAUACCCGCACUGGUUAAAAAAAAUGUCCUUGACUCAACUCCAUCAUAAAAAUUUUACGUGUGAUGAAUAUCCAAAGCCAAGAAUCAUCGAGGAACCUAAAAGUCAGAUGGGUAUUAAAGGAGACAAUGUGACACUGGUUUGUCGAGCAACAAGUACUGCCAGUGCACCGCUUCAUUUUACAUGGAAGCACGAUAACGUUGAAAUGGAUGAUGUCAAUCUGCAAAUAAAAACUGAUUCCACGGAGAACGUGACAGAGGCUUCUUCCAUUUUACAUCUUACUAACGUUACUCACGCAAAUGCUGGAAAAUAUCAAUGUAUGGUGACAAAUACAUAUGGAACUACAUAUUCUACAAAGGCAAAGAUAAGCAUUUUAAUUUAUCCAUCUUUCUCAAAAAUUUCACGCGAUAUACGUGUAAACGCUGGAAGCACUGUAAAACUAGAAUGUUCCGCGGAAGGGCAACCAUCCCCGCAAAUAGCAUGGCAAAAGGAUGGCGGUGAUGAUUUUCCAGCAGCAAGAGAAAGAAGAAUGCACAUGAUGCCAACCGAUGAUGUAUUGUUCAUCGUUGACGUGAAAACUGCUGACAGCGGCGUUUAUUCGUGUACCGCGCAAAAUCUUGCUGGUCUAAUCGUUGCGAAUGUUACUCUGACGAUAUUAGAAACACCAUCAUUCGUAAAACCGAUGGAGAAUAAAGAAAUAACCGUCGGUGGCUCAAUUGUAUUGGAAUGUAUGGCAAGUGGUAUGCCCAGGCCGAAGCUUUCUUGGCGCAAAAACGGAAAUCCUUUGCAAGCGACUGAACGUCAUUUCUUCACCGCCGAAGAUCAGCUAUUGAUAAUUGUUGAUACUAAAGCCAGCGAUGCUGGCAAUUAUGAAUGUCAAAUGAACAAUUCGUUGGGUAGCGUUGUUGGUGCAUCUCAUUUGACAGUAAAGCCAGCUCCAACUUCAACUCCUAGUCCUGUAUCGGUAAAUGAAGAUGAUAUACUUGGUUUGAUAAUAAUCACCGUCGUAUGUUGUGCUGUUGGUACCUCCAUAGUGUGGGUGGUUAUAAUUUAUCAAACUAGAAGACGGUUGAACACUGUUACACAGAGUAGAAAUGUGCAACCAUCGUCGGCUAUAGCAGCUACGGUAGCUGAUACGCAAACACAUUUAUAUCUAGAAACGAGUUCUCAGCAUAGUAAAGACAGCGGUACAGGAGAUAGUACUAAUCCUAGUAGCGAUCAAUUACAAUUAUGUUUACCCGAGGAAAUAGUUACAUGUUCCGUGAACAACGAGGAGGAUACGAGUGCAGUGGUGAACGUAGGAGCUCCGUUAUUGCGGUACACAAAUCACGAACGACAUGUUCGCGAGAAUGAAGAUUGUGCCGUUUAAAAACCAGAAGUUUCAUAUAUGUUUCUCUCGUGAUUAAUUCGUCGUAAUCCGUGCAUGAACGUUGUCUCUUGUCGUGUGCAAAGAGAAAAAAAUGAUCGGAAAAUUACGCGAGGUGAAACAGUGUCGUUUUAAUCGUUCGUUAACAAACUACAUAUGUGGCACAGAAAAUGUGCAAUUCGUCGAUCCUAUUGUGACAUGAACAUUACUACCUUGGUGUACAAUAGUAGGUGUACGAACAACAACGAACAUGAUUAUCGUCGUAUUUGCUACGAGAAAAAUAAAUUGUCAGAAGAACGACACUUAAGUUACAGCGUAUUAAUGGCGUAUGAUUUGUAAAUAUUUACGGUAAGAAUUCAUCGUAAUUGCUGUGUGAUUCAGUGUCGUUGAGAAAGAGGUGAAGUAACGAGUAUGUUGACACGGGAAAUUAUCGUAACCCGCAAAAGCCACUUAUAUUAUAGACCAGUCUUUUGUGAUAGAUAUUUAUUUUUAGGAUUACUUAAUUAUUAUUAGUCGAUGAUUAUAUUUAUAAUGCCCCAUGACGUAAGUUUGCCUUAAAAACAAAGAAAAACAAAAAAAAAAAAAAUAAAAAAAAAGGAAAAAAACGGAACGAGAAACAGAAAUGUGCACACGUACACAAGUCUAUGUAUACCUAUUUUACAUAUACAAGAGAAACACAUGUAUGCAGUGUGUGUGUGUGUGUGCGCGCGCGCGCGCGCGCGUGUGUGUCUGGCUGCGUGUAGGUAAUUGUUGCGCACCAAAGUGCUGAUAUAUAAACACUUCAUGAUUUGUCUUCCUCUUUAUUUUUUAUUCAUAGUUAAUUGUUUCGUUGCACCUAGAGAGACGUUUAGAAGUAAUUUAAUGGAUCGAUAACGACUGCUCAUCACCGAUAGAUAUCAAUACUAGUUCUUGAAAUAUCUGCCUAUGUAUUAUCAUCGUUUAAAUCAACGAUUUUUCUUUACUAUUUAAUUUACUAAAAUUUGUAGCGUUUACACGUGCGAGGAAUAGUAUAUUAAUUACAAUAGGUUUGUUGGUUUGCAAUCAUCGUUUUGAUCGAAAAGAAAUUCACAGAAGAAAAUGUUUUCUUUCUUCGGCUUUUCAUCGAUACUUUGGUUACAUGCGGUUUCGCUAGAAAAUUCCCUCGACUCGAACGCAUUCGUGAGAAUAAGUGGAACUAUAAUUAGUCGAGCGAUCGAACGAUCAAACGAGGAAAUGGUGAUCGGCAUGUAACAGGAUUCUAAUGGAUACUAUUAGUUUCUGUGAAUUUUAAGUUAAUUUGUGAUAUUUUCGUGCCGCGGAAAUAAUUGGAAACGAUCGCAAACACUCGCAUACUAAAGAAUAUCGAAAGGGGAAGCGCGAAUCUUUGGCAAACGAAUCUAGCUAAAAAGGUACGUCUUGCGCACACAUUUCGAUUCUCCCUACAUCUUAUAUUUCGAGAAAACGGAGCGAAGAAACGUGAAUAUUGCCAUUUUUAAUCGAUGUAACGCAACACAAUGAUAUCAUAUCAUAUCAGAUUAAAUGAAACGCAAUGAAUCGUCGUUCAGGUAAAGACGAAAUGAUACGAAGAGAAAUUUGCACACCGUUUAACGCACGCGUUCACUCCUUUUUCUUUCCAUUAGCGAUGACUGUUGCGCAGCAUCGAGAAGAAUAACGAUCUUUCGGGAAUAUUCGAACGUUUUGUUUCGUGACAAAGAAAAAUUCGUUGUAUCGUUACCGGUGGAUUCGCGAGUCGAUAAUCGAGAAUAAUCGCGAUUUAAUAUGGCGUCCAGCAGUCUAGCAGCUCCACCGAGAUCGUACAAACUUACCAGUGACAAGUAUUAAAUCGUAUUUUGCCAAUAAACAAGAGAAUCUGUCGCGAAAAUGUCGAGUGACUGGUAUCCACGUGUGAUACACGAAAUAAGAUGUCCUCGUUUAAUUCAGUAUUUUCCCUUGUUGUUAUGUGGUAUAUUAUAAACAAAUACAAGUAAUCUAUCAGGAUAACGUUGUUUUAGUGUAGUCAAUGUUUACUCUCGUCAAUCACGGCGGAAACUAACCUCUACUAUUUUCCCUCGUUCUUUUUCGUUUCUUUUCUUUUGAACUUUAUUUACCAAACGAGCAUAUUUUGUUAAAAUAUACAUUUGCUGAUACAUGUACAUGUACGUCGAAGAAAGAAAGAAAAAAGAAGGAAAGACGGGAGACGAAUUCGGCAAUCUUUUUAGAAACUUCGAAACGAUACGCCAGCGUAUCAUUUGGUACUUUUUUCUUUCUCUCUUUCUUUCUUUGUGUCUCAUUUUUCUUUUUCUUUUUUUUUUUUUUUCUUUUUUUUUCUUUUGUAACGAGCAUAUCCGUGCGAGUGUACGCACGCGUGUACAUAUUUCGCACGGUCACAGUUAUCUCUAGAUUUCGACAUUCCUUGUUACGUUAUAUCAUGAAAAUACGCAUCACAAGUACAAGUAUUCGCACGAGAUUCUAUUUCUCUAAGAAUUACAAAAAUACUCGUAUCGCGUUCGAACUAAUUCAAAUUCGAUUUUCCGCCAUCAUUCACCUGACGCGUAUAUGUAUGUAUAUACGUAUGUCAGCUAUGAACCGUCGCGCGAUCGAAAAGAACAAAAUUCCUUCCAUGAUUUUACGAAUCCGUGAUUCGAGUCGUUCCAUCUCGAGCAAAAUGGAGACGCGAUGUUCGUUUCGUUUGCGAAAUGCGAACGAAAGGAGCAAGGAAAGGAACUUGAAGUGGGAGGACGAAUAAAAGAGACAGGGAGAGCGGGGAUGAUAGAAAGAGAGAGAGAGGGAGAGAGAGAGAGAGAGACCUAAUAUAUAACGGCACGUGGGUAGCUACUUAUUUUCAAGUAUCACAAUGAUUAAAGUAUCAUACAUAUACACAACGCGUGUCAGGAUUCUCGGCCCGUUCGUUGUCGCGAGGGCUGAGUGUUGUCGAUAUAUAAAGAUUGUUCGCGCGAUGGUAAAGCAAACGCGUGUUUCUUACCGCGACGAGAUUCCGUAAAGUAACCACAGGAAACGCAUGCAUCACGACGCUUCUAAAGACGAACGACAUAAAUAAGUGAAAAUAGCACGAACUAGUUAAAUAAGAGACACGGAUAUCGUCCGUUUCCUUUUGGUUGUGGAACAACAACGUCUUCAGCGGUAAAAACUCAGGUAAUUAUGCAGUUUAGCAGCUUUCCCUGAUUUUGAAGAUUUAUCAAGCGGGGCAACUGAAAAACGUAAGGUAUUUUUCGAAAGAGGGAGUCUAAAUAGGUAUAGCGCUCGCUUCAGGUCGCAAACGAGUGUCCGUACGGCGACGAAGUAAAACCUAAUCGCAACGUAUUAACCCCUUACUUUACGAUUUAAGUUCGCCGAUGGCGCGUGCCAUAAUGAAUUAGUAACGUCACGCGGUUAACGCGCAACUGAGACAGGAAAAAUGAAUUAAUAGAAUUAAGAAGUUAGGCUAGUUUUUACUUCGUCGAUAUUAUGCUCGGCGACUGGACAGAAGCUAGCACAUCUUAAACCUAAUCUUAAAUAUAUCGUAACCGAUGCGAUUAACGGUAUAAUAAAUAUUUAAAAAGAAUCGAAUCGAAAUACGCAAGAUUCGAAAAAUUCGCCAAGCUGCAUA